ACUGCCCUACUACUUCCAGCCCACGAGAAACCACCACCGACCUUUACCGACAUCCCGGAGUACGUGAUCAGCAAGUGCGGAACCGUCCAGCUGCGGCACAUGGGGCACUUGUUCAACCGGCACGUCAAGCGCGAUAGCAUCAUCUACUGGCGCUGCUCGCAGUUCGCCGUGUUCAAGUGUCGGGCCCGGAUCAAAACCGUCGCCGACGAGUUCGUCAUGAUCAACGUGCAGCACAACCACGAGGUCGUAACCACGCCCCGGUCGUAUGGAUCGCUGAAGCGAUUGAAGCAAACACUAGCUAGAGUUGAGAAUAAAGAAACGAAAAUCUAGUACCUCAUUUUUCAAUGGCUCCGCGGAAAAUGCUUGGCAAAUGAUUCCACCAUUAACCUUUUUUCUUAAAUAAUUU